AAAAAGAAAAAAAAGGAAAUUUAAGAAAUUACCAAGCCCGCUCUCUUUCCAACCACCAACGUUCAAAUUCUUCUGCUUGGGCUCUUCGUCUGAACAGGGGCGUCGGAUCGUGAAACCAAGUUUCGUUUCUUCUGGAAUCUGGGCAUCGAGAUUCUUUUUGGAUCCUCCUUCGAACGUCAAGGAGAAGGAGAAAUCUACUCUUCGACCAUCACAGAAAGAGCAAUCUUUUGCAAUCAGGAGAGAAAUGGGCAGAAUUCCCAGUUCAGUACUUAGACAAGAGUUGGCGAAACUUGACAAAGGUCCUGACAGCUACAAGACCGCCAUGAGAGCUCUGAAAUCGUAUGUUAAAGAUCUGGAUGCUAGAGCGAUUGCUAUGUUUGUUGCCCAAGUUUCUGAGAUCAGAGAAAUUGGUUAUAAGCCCCGAGAGUUCACUGUUUCCCUGUUUGAGUAUCUUGCCUGUGCACACGGUGUCAAAAUUUACCCUCAUACAGAAAACAUCAUGCAGGUGAUCAUAAGGACAUUGGCCUAUAGUGCAGGGUCUUUCCCUGUUCAGCAGGCUUGCUCCAAAGUGGUAUCAGCUAUUGCAAGGUAUGGAAUUGACCUUGGAAUUCCUGAAGACAAGAAGAGGAGUAUGAUUCACUCCCUUUGCAAGCCGCUCUCUGACUCACUGCUGGAUUCUCAAGGGCAUCUUGCUCCUGGAGCUGCCGUUUGCAUGAAGGCACUUGUGGACUGUGACAACUGGCGAUUUGCUUCUGAUGAAAUGGUGAAUACGGUCUGCCAAAAUGUAGCCGUUACUCUUGAAGUGACUUCAAGUGAGGCUAGCUCUCAUAUGGAACUUGUCAUGGCUCUUGCCAAGAACAACCCUUUUAUCGUCGAGGCAUAUGCAAGAUUGUUGGUGCAUUCCGGUCUCAGGAUUCUGGAUUUGGGUGUUGCAGAGGGUAAUUCUCAGAAACGGCUUUCGGCAAUACAGAUGUUAAACUUCCUGAUGAAGAAUUUGGAUCCAAAGAGCAUGAAUUCCGAGCUUGAGUUGAUACUCCAAGAGAUGGAGGAGAAGUGCCGAAAAGAACCAAUGCACUAUGUCAAAAUGGCAGCUUAUGAAACUAUGCAAACUGUGAAGAGACUAAUGGGAGAAGGAUGUUCAGAGCUUUACAGUGCUUGUGAUUCAUUCACCGGAUCAAAUUCCGGUGUAGAGAACUGUAAAAGAUCACUCAGUCUAAAAGAAAACGAUUCAUAUCGCUCAGGCAAUGAUGGAUGGAGUGUAAAUCGUAAGCACGGGAGUUGUGUCGAUGUGAAAGCAGAAGAUGAAGAUGAUUUGUUUUCAGGUGUAGCCAGUGGAAGCAUUGUUGCUGGUUCUCCCCUUGUACCAUAUGCAGACUAUACCGAAGAAAUUCAUGUCUCGCCAGAGAGUCCAAGAAAUGGUUAUCUGCAAAGAGCUAGGCCAUGUCAGAUUCCGCAAUCUCAUGCAAGAAAAGCUGAUGCAUUCGACCUCUUGAACAAUCAAAGUGACCUGAACUCUGAGUUCAGACAAGUGAGUGUCUUCAACACCAACUGGAACUCACAAGAUGGAUAUCGGAAACAUCAACAACAUGGGUUUGUGCAUGAUCCAUUUCAUGAGCUAACAGAGAACAGAGAGCAGACCAAUGGUACGUAUGAUUCCCCUUUUAAUACAUGUAAUAAUACUGGCAAGGAACCGAGGCCCGACCUGAACUCUGAAGCUAAAGUUCAAAGCGGAGUAGCAAAAGGGAGAAAGCAGAGCUCAGGCAAGAGGUUUCUCACAUUGGGUUUGAGCUUCUGCUCUAUUGCAGUUGCAGGGUUUGCUUCUUUAAUGUGGAUAUAUGUUCCUGAUGAUAUGGUGAUGCCUCAUCCUGUUCCUACUUAAGAGUGUUCCAGAUUUUUAGCAGCUUUCUUGUACUUUUUAACCACAGUGUAAACCUACUCCGUGAAUGACUAACAUGUGUUCUGUUCCC